AUGCCUGGUCAAGGCCUCCAGACAGUGGACGGCUGGACUGCAGGUUGGAGGAUGCUCUUUGAAGGAACCCUGGUGCUCGUCGUGGGUGGUGCUUGCCUACGAGUUUGGUCCAUGGCAGCCAAAGACGCCACUGGCACCAAGACGGUGCAGGGCCGUCGGGUGGAGGGCGGCGAGGGCCAUGGGCUUCGCAAGGAGUUUUUCACCAGCAUGUCCCUAGACGCUCAACGGCGCUGGGGUCGGCUGUCGGUCUCAGAGGGUCUCCUUGAGCCAGGCCCAGUGGCAUGUUGCGGAUCUCGAUUGAAGCUGCAGCCUUUAGAGUCACCGGCGUCGGAGCUGCAUCAGAUGCUGAUGGCAGUGAGCAAUGGGGAUCGGAUCAAGUUAACGUUCACCACCGGUCAAGAAAGCGAGCGAAUCGUGACGGGCAAUAUGCCCAUGCCCGGAGGAGGAUCUUCCAUCAUCGUAAACACCCCUUUCGAGGAAAAUCUCUCUGAGCUCACCAUCAAAAGGUGUGAAGUUCAGAAACCUGCUCAAGCGCUUUUCGAGUUCCACCGCGGCACAGGUCAGCAGUGGUUCUCCUCCCACUCCAACUCGCUGCGCGACCCACAGCGGGGUGAGAACCUGACAGAUCGAUAUCGUGCCUUCGGGAAGUUGAUCGCGCUGGCGCUGGCGAACCAUUGCAAGUUGGCUUUUGCGCUUCCGCUUCUCUUCUUCCAGUUCUUAUUGCACCGUGAGCGCAGAGCGCAGUUGGACGACCUGAAAGGCUUCGACAAUGCCCUGCACAGCUCAUUGAGGAAAUGUUUGAAGAUGAAAGCAGCGCAAUUCAAACAGAUCAAGGAGUUAGAAGGCUUGUCUGCCGACAUGAGCCUUGAAGAGUACGUGGCGGAUCAAUUGAAGGCCAUUCUAUGCCCUCAAGCCUUCGAGGAGGUGCGGUCAGGUUUUUGGAGCCUCAUCUCGACCUUGGAUGCCUUGGAUGAUGUGACGCCGGCUGAGUUGCGGCAAAUUGUUUGUCCUACCACGGUGGUUCGCGAGGACAUGGGUCUUCGGCAAAUCUUCCGAGUGGUCUUUGAGGACGACAUGAGCGAGUGCCAACCUUUGGUUGAGGCCUUCCAUGCAGUGCUGGACGGCUUGUCCAACGCCGAUAAGAAGAAGUUCCUAAUGUUCGUCACUGGCAUCGAGGUGCCUCCCGAACCGCAAACGGAACAGCUCACAGUGCAGAUGCCCUUUAGCGCCUUCACGAAAGAUGAGCAUGUGGAGAUGCUGGGCAAACUGCCGCAGGCGCAUACCUGCACCAAUACUUUGGAGUUGCCCAACUACUACGAAUCCUUGCAGGAGUCUGGGCGCUAUGAGCCUCAAGAGGGCAAGGCCAGCCGUGCGCUGAUGACUGAGCUGAAGAACUUGAUGAAGGAAAGGUUGCAUACUGCCAUCAACGAGACAGAGAGUUACGAGUUGGACGCCACUGAGGAUCGCUGCAGUGUGGUGCCGCCCGCACCAGUGGCGCCGUGGGCGCCCAGCCUACCACCUGCACUGGACUUGUCGAAGGGAGUCAGUCAAGACACGGAAAGCAGCCCAAGCGUUGCCACCCGCUUGAGGGUCAAGGAUUCCGACAAGGCCGCCUCCAGUGAUACGGAUAGUUAUCCUCCACAGCUCAGUUCCCGCAGUAUCCAAUCCUUGCGCAGUGAUGCACGAACCUCCUUGGAGGAUCUGCCACAAAACAAGCGCUUGGAUGUGGACUCUCUUCUGGCAUCUCUGGAAGAGGAAGCAGAUACUCGUCAUGCACCCUCACCAGAACGAAGGCCGAAGACGCAGGAUGUGGACAGUCUGCUGGAAGAUUUGGAUGCGGCUUUGAUGACAUGAUUUCUGUCCUGAAGCACCGUCACCUGAGUCACCUGAGUCACCUGAGUUGAGUCAGCCAAGGCGAUGAAGUGACAACGCAGAGUGUAGAUACCGCACCAUGGAUAUCAACCAGGAAGACGGUCAAAAUCUAUCAAAAUCUGC